AUCUGGGCGUGUUUGGCACUCAAUGAAUAGUGUUUUGUGCAUUCUCAAGUAUCAAUAGCUAGCCAGUGCAGUGAGCAGUGUGUGAGUGUUGUAACUCAAGAAGACUCGAAUGAAGGAUCAUAUCCAAGCUGAACAAUCACAGAUCUAAGGACAACAUUUGAGCCAUACUGAUCAUCUGAGAUGGAGCUCCAUUUCAAGGCUUCCCUCUUGUUGCUGAGUGUCUUCCCUCUGUUAUCUCUUGGCCUGUUACCUUCGAACGCAAGCAAGUCUUACCUCAGUGAUGAUAGCUAUUCACUGUAUCCUCCUUGGUUGGUACUAACUGAGGGACGAUUGGAAUUCAGUUUCAGGACGUCUCUUGCCAAUGCCCUGUUGUUGUAUUUUGAAAGCAAUGAUCUUGUCGCGGGUGAAUUUUUAAAGCUGAGUCUUGUCAAUGGAGUUCUUACUGCUGAACAUAUACGAAUGAACUUUGAGGCAAUUCAAGUAAGCAUUGGAAAUCAGGAACGUUUAAAUGAUAACCAAGUUCAUACUGUAGCAGUUCGUCAUAACAGGUCUAUUUCUCGUUUCACUAUUCGGUUAGAUCAAUUUGUUCCAGAAACAAUAGUUGAUUAUGUAAAAGAUACUUUUCCUUUCGGCGAACCGAAUCAUAUUGCUGAAAGUGGACUAUAUUUUGGUGGUGUGCCUGAUACAUUCGAGUCUCAUCCAGGUAGCUCAGCAACCUCAGAUCCUCACCUCAUUGGCUGCAUUAGCGACGUUCGAUACUCAAACAAUUCAACUCAACCAAUAGACUUAGUUGAAGCGUUUCCACAAGAGGAGGUGUCUGUGACUGACGGGUGUGUUGAUAACUGUGAGGGGGUGGAAUGUGGAGAUGGUGUGUGUGUGCCAACAUUUCCAGUGGGGAUUUGCGAUUGUCGAGGUACUAACAAGCUCGGAGCUAGCUGCACUGAAGAUCCUGCCUCUCACGCUCGUACAUUCACUAGUGGAGGAGCGUAUCUUUGCUAUGACGUCAUUCGAGAGCCUCACAACGGCGAGCAAACAGAAACCAGCGUCACACUAACUCCACCCCUUCCUCUGUAUGGCACCAUUAUCACCGGAGUUUCAUCAAGUGGAUUGAUGUAUUCAGUGUCUCUUGAAGAUGGCAGGAUAGUUCAAACUCUGAGUAGAGAUCAUAAUACGGUUGUUGUAUCUCGUGGGUCGUCGCCAUUGUCGACAUCUUCGACUUACAAGAUUGAUGCAUCAGUAAAUCGAACGUAUAUAACUUUUACAGUGUAUCAACUGCUGCAAGGAGAAGAAGAGUUUGACUAUAAACAGUCAGCAAUAGUGCCAGUGUUGUCUUCUGAUCCUGAUUUCGAGCAUGUUUGUCUGGGUGGAGUUACUCUUGAGGAUAAAAAUUAUGUUGGAACAAUUGAAAGUGCUUUCUCUGAUUACUUCUCUCUAACUGAAGAACGAAAUUUCGAAUUGCUCGGAACUAAUGAAACGGAGAGGUCGAAUCUGAUUAACUUUGAUGGAGAUGCCACUCUAUCAUUUCAAAAAUUUCACACAAAUGCUGUUAGAUUUUCUUUCGACAAGCGGACUGAUAUAACUGGCGAGAUAUUCCGAUUAGAAAAUAAUGAUGGGGAUGUGCUUCGCCUGUCAAUUUUUGAUGACAAUUUUCUUCUUGCUUUACCAGAAUCUGACAAAAGAUGCGUCUACAGUGUAAAAGAUGACCAAUGGCACCAUUUUGAAGUGUUCAUAACUAGAGGACCGGUUGCAAGCAUCAAUUACACAAUAGACUGCACAAAGCAAUGUCAGAUUCUCAGUGAUACCUCUACAGUCGAGAUUGAAGCUUUUUUCAACAAUCCUAUUGAGUUUGCAGUUCCAUUUGAUACACUAAACGGUGAACCCACACUCUUUGAUGGAUGCUUACAGAACUUUGUCUUCGAGCAGAGUGAUGGAGAGCUUCUUCAACCUAACCUCGAGGUUUUGACUCGCAUGGGAAACGAUUUUUCAACAUCUAAGCAAGGUUGUGAUCACUGUACACAGGAGGCCGUUUCUUGUCCAGACACAUGCCUGAAUAGAGACUUUAUGAGAGGUGACGAAUGCAAUCCUGUCGAUGAGAUAUCUUCGUUUGCUUGCUCGACAUUAUUCCCAAAUGCAACCACCCCCACACAGCCAACAACCACCCCCACACAGCCAACAACCACCCCCACUGGCACUAAUGUAACCUUCACCCUCACACCUACAGCUGAUGCACUCGAAGUUGGCACUUGGAUUGGAAUAGGUAUUGGAAUAUUUCUCGCUGCGCUUCUGAUUGUAGUGAUAAUUGUCCUGAGCGUUGUUCUAUUUGGGAAACAAAGAGCUGGCCAAGGAUUUUAUAAAACAUACGAAACAAAUGAAAAGCACCCCCAAGUUAUACACUACAGCGCGUCACUAAAAGAACUCACAUCAGAAGAUGUUAUUGUACAAACCAACGGACAUAUACCCUCUCCAAGUGCAGUAGAAAGUAAUGGACACAGUAACAAAGAGUUCUAUUUGUAAGCUGUGACAGUCACAAUGAUAUGUAGAGUAGGGUUAGUGUUUUAACUUGUGUUGUUUCAGUGUUCUUUUUGUUUUCUUUUCUUCCCACAACCAGCAAACCAUUCUUUUUUUAAUGCAUUAUUAUAAUUAUUAUUAUGGCUUUAAUGAUAACCUGUUUACAUUUGAGUAUGACAUGUAUACAAAGCAA